CUCGACUCGACGGGAUUACCUUAGACAAAGGUGCCUGUAUAGCACCGAAAUACGCGCCAGGUAGGAUGCUUUAGUUUUUAACUCCGGGACCCCUUAGUAUGCCUGCCAGAUACUCAGGAGGUACUUAAUUUUUCAUAAGACCCGCCUUCAGUCUAACCAGGGGGGGGGAGUUACUCCCUCACAUCUUUACUAGGCUGCAGUAUUUCAGAAAGCAAUGGAAACAGCUAGUGAGAUGCUCGUUUGUCCCUGGUAUGCUGGAAUAGAGGAGUCAGUGAAUACAUACCUAGAGCUGCCUUGAAGCAGCUAGUUUAGUUAUCAGGACGUACUGAAGGGUAGUUGCUUGAUUUGACUAAGGGAGCAGCCUUUAGUAGGCUGAUGUUACUUUGGUGUUAAGGGAUCUGAAUGGGGAUUUGCUUAUGUGGUAUGCUUGGGUCUAGAUUGAACAAACAAACAAACACACACACACACACACACACACACACACUUUUCUAUGACCCACUAGCUACCUAUACAGUCCCAGAUCCUUUUCUUCAAUUACUAUCUCAUUUAUUUUACCUGUUGUACACUAUUAUGCUCUAAGCCAGGGGUCCUCAAACUCCGGUCCCCCAGAUGUUGCUGAACUAUAACUCCCAUGAUUCUUUGAACUACAUAGAUAGCCAGAGAAUCAUGGGAGUUGUAGUUCAGCAACAUCUGGGAGGCCAGAGUUUGAGGACCCCUGCUCUAAGCAAUUUAUUGCAAGAUAUUGAGAGGGUGUGUGAUCUGUGAUAAGGUGGGGGUUGAAUUCUAUUAGGAGUUUAUACCUUCCUAUCCCUUUCAUGUACCCCACUUCUCUGUGCAAACGCUACUUUUAUUUUGUCUAAUAUUUAAAGGGACACUAGUCAGCCAGACCACUUCAGCUCAAUGAAGUGGUCUGGGUGCCAGGUCCCUCAGGUUUUAAUCCUUCAGAUGCAAACAUAGCAGUUUCAGAGAAACUGCUAUGUUUACAUUUGGGGUUAAGCCAGCCUCUAGUGGCUGUAUCCGGACAGCCACUAGAGGCGCAUCUGUGACGCUGGAGGCAUAUUAUGCCUCCAUCGCACAGAGCGUCCAUAGGAAAGCAUUGAGAAAUGCUUUCCUAUUGACAGCUUGAAUGUGCGUGCGGCACUUGCUGCGCAUGCGCAUUCGGCUCCGCUGAUGUCGGCGGGGGAGGAGAGGUUAACAGUGCCGAGGGAGCACUGCGCUGGAAUAAGGUAAGUAACUGAAGGGGUUUUAACCCCUUCAGUGCCACGGGAGGGGAACCCUGAGGGUGAGGGCUCCCUCAGGGCACUAUAGUGUCAGGAAAACUGCUUUGUUUUCCUGACACUAUAGUGAUCCUUUAACCCCUUAAGGACCAAACUUUUGGAAUAAAAGGGAAUCAUGACAUGUCACACAUGUCAUGUGUCCUUAUGGUUCAUAUCUCUACUCAAGCUGUAUUCUGAAAGUAUUUAUAUAAUGCUACUUCGUAAUACAAUGACUACCUUCCAGAUAACUUGUAUCAAUUGUUUUCAAACAAAGUUAACUCCCAUUUCUCUACUAGAUUGUAACCACUGACUUGAAUUUACAGGGUUAUAUAAGUGGUAUCAUACUUUGUUAUAUUUAUCCCUAUGUAAGGAAGCUAGCAGGCAAUUUAGGAGAUAGUCACUGAGUGUUUCACUUAUUAUUUGCGUAUUUGUUUUCUCUAAUAAAGAUUUAUUUUUAUUAAAAAUAUUUCAUACCGUUUGUAUGGAUCCCAUAUGUGGGUAAUCAGUUUUGAGGCUUGAUUCCAUGCUCUUUAAAAUGGGAUGUUCUCUCAAAAUUAGUAUUUUUUCAUUUUUAUAAAUUUUGUCCCACGAGACUGUGGAUUUAGACUUUCCCUUCAGUCUUGUUUUUUCGACCCUUAGGACUAGCUUAUAGAGAGCACUGUUCUAUCUUCUAAUUUCAACUAUUCAUUGUGCUAACAGAAUAGCCAGCAAAUGCAUAGAUCUUGGUCAAAGUCUAGUAACCAUGACAGUACUCCAUGUCAGUCAUUUCACAGGAUAUAAUUCUGUGCCAAUGGAAUGAAAAUUGGUUGAGGGAUUCUGACCGCAUAGAUCAGAGAAUCGCUUAGCUCUGCUGCUCAUCAGGCAGUCAUGUGGCACAGCCCGGUAGAAAGAUUGCACGGGUUAAUGUGCAGAUCAGUGAAUCAGCACUUUGUAGAGAGCUUAGGAAUCUGUUAGUCAGGCCCACCUUCACAUUGACACAAUGUGCAGGGUUUGAAACAAAUGAAAAUACAUAGAGCUCAGAUUUGGCAGUGGUGAAGGGCAUGGGGGAUUUGGCAGAAGUGAAGGGCAUGGGGGUGGUGGGGCUGAAAGGCAGAUUUCGACACAAAUUCUGCGAGUUUGCGAUCACUUAUCACAGAAAAACUAAAAUAUGACUGCCUAAAAGAGAUGCGAGUGGAUGAGCGCACACACACAGCCAAGCCCAUGACAUUAAAGCCAUGCGUUGUAUCAAUUUGAGGUGGCUAGUAACUAAAGCACACACUCUAGAUAUCAGACUGAACCACAAGCUGUAUACAUGACUAUAGCUGUGUACAUGACUAUAUGUACAACUAUCUUGUCUAAUUUCCAGACAAUCCCUUUAGUAGAGUGCCAAAUGAAAAAGUCUGGCAGCAUCUAAGGUGCAAGAUGCAUAUUUUUCUGCUUCAUGCCAGUUACUUUGUUUUUUAUAAAUUGCAAAAAAAACUCGUGUGUAAACUUAACUAUUCUCCCUGUUUCAACAGGAUGUAAAGGACAAUUCCUUCAACAGAGUGCCAAAUGUGAAAAAAAAUCAAUCAGUUUUUCAUUAAGCGUACAAAGCUCAGUAAUUUCUCACCUCCGAUUGCCAAACAAGUAUCCAAGUACACCGCCAGUUCCUAAGCCAGUCCAAAAACCUGGCCCUUGGGUGCCACCGCUGCCAAAUGUAGAAGUGCCACCUAAACCACCGUAACCUGCUGAAGACCCUAAAUGCAGAAAAAGAAAAAAUAGUUUAAAAAAAAUGGAACACAUCAAUCGAUAUUAACGUCUUUAAGGUGCAAGUUCUUUUCACAUCACUGGGGAAAAGCCAUUUGGUCUUUUUGCCAUUACAUUGCUCAGUUUUAAUAUUACUCUUUCAUUUAGGGUAGGCACACAUAUUAUACGCUGUGUUUUCUAAAGAGACCACCCAGGCAAAAAUCAGACAGUAGCAAAAAUACAUAAUUAUUCUCUUUGAUGCCAGAUGCUUGGUUUUUGUGAAAAAAUAAAAUUGUAUGUAAACAACUCUUCUCCCUUUUUCAACAGGACUGGUUAGGUACAUAGAGCUAGGUGUUCCUGUCAAGUAUUUUAAGUAGAAAAAAAAAACCAAAAACAUAACCAAUAAUAAUUAAAACAAUUAGAACAGAUUUUGAAAUCUGUAGUACUAUAUUUUAAUAUACAUAUACUAAUUUAUUAUUUGCUUUUAUACAGAUCCAAUUUAUUCUGCAACACUUUACAAAUUUUAUAAGCAGGGAAAAUGUAACAAUAAAUAAGAAAAUUACAAAAUGUUACAGGUACAAUAGGUUGAUGACUCUGUGAUAUGUUUUAUGCUCUUUAAAACUUUGUGGGUUUUUAUUUUCCCCCAGUGAUUAUUGCUGAGAACAGAACGCUUUCUCAGUUCUAACCUAGGCCCGAUAAUCCCUAAACAACAAUUGCAUCAGACUUCCUGUAUCAUGUAAACAAGCUAUUAAAGGAUUUAUUAAUCAUACCACUGCAUUAUAAUGUUAGAGCACCCUGAAGUGGUCAUUGUUUAGAAUUUCAAAUACACAUUUAUAUAUAGGUGGCAAUAUUACAUUGUACCGGAUGUCCAUUCUUUGGACAUUUGGUAAUACGUACUCGCCCAAAUUGCCCCAUUGGAGAGAAGGACAAGGUCUUGUUAUAAAAGACUGAACCCAGAACAAAGAGGGGAGAAAGGAAAAUCAAAAUACCUGGAAUAUAUACACAAAACUUUCUUUUAUCAUUCAUUGGUAUCUUGCCAUAAGACCUAUAAGGCAUUUUUAUUGUAACCAACAUUUUCUAUAAUGUUUUCUCUGAUUAAAUCCUUGUCAUUUCUCUGCUACGUGCCAAGUAACAAGAUUUCAUACCUCAUAACACACACUGCUUAUUGGCAUUCUCUGGAUACCAUACUGCAAAAACUGCAGUUCAAUGCAGUGAGAUUCCCCGUUCCCAAAGGAUCGUUAUAGUAUCGCAUUUAUUAUUCCCGAUUCUAUUUUGGUGUUCUCUAGGCUGAUCUGACUAGUGUUGCAAUUGAAAUAGGGUGUAAGCUUGGUGGGUCAUUGCUCCCACAAUCUGUUCUCUAGAAGCUGGCCCUAGAGAUGUGAUUUUUUUUUUUUCUCAGAGACUGAACACAUUCAGCAAUAUUCUAUUGAUUUUGCCUGGUUUUCUGAUGGCCGCGCUAAAAUAGAUCAAAUGUAAUUUCCUAAGCAGAUAAUUAUACAACUAAUAAUUAUAACUAUAGAUGAUAAUGGAAGUCAUACUCAACAUUUUUAAAUAAAGUGUAUUUGUUCUUUUAUUUUUAUUUAAGAGCUAAAUCAGUGCAUUACAUAUAGAGAUCUUAUAUAUUUUUACAGAGUCUCCACUCCUUAAAAAAAUAAAAAAAAUAAUCAUUAAAAACUCACUUUUUCACAGAAGCAUAUCAAUUAAACUGUUAAUAGCUCCAAAACCCUUCUACCAAUCUACUUCUCUAAUACUACCCUUACCUUUUGUGCCACAUUACUCCACUCCCUCUAGCAUGUAAGCUCAGUGAGCAGGGCCCUCAAUCCCUCUGUUUCUGUGCAUCAAACUUGUCUGGUUACAAUUACAUGUUUGUUAGUUCACCCAUUGUAAAGCGCUACAUAAUUUAUUGGCGCUAUAUAAAUAAAUAAUCUAUAUAUAAAAAUAUAAAUAUGUGUUGCAUCUACCGAUGCCUCUGCCUCCCCCUCCCCGGUAAAUAAAGAGUUUAAAAACCCUUUAUUUACUUACCUUAUCCCAGCGCCAAUGUCCCUUAGCGCUGGGUCAAAGCCCGGCCCCCUCAGUCCCACGUUGAGCGGGGUCUAAUGCGCAUUCUAAAUGCUUUCCUAUGGGGAAAACAAUCUGACGCUUGAGGUCCUCAUGCAGAGUGUGAGGACGUCCAGCGUCAGAUAAAUGACCAAAAUCCGUUACAAUUCUGGAAGCACCCCCAGUGGCUCUCUGGUAAACAGCCACAGAGGGCAGACUUGGAGCUGCAAUGUAAACAUUACUUCACUUAGCUGAAGUGGUCUGGGUGCCUACAGUGUCCCUUUAAGCUAUACUAAUCAGCAUAACUCUACACUACAUAUACUAUACUAUAAUAAUUGGUGCUAUAGAUUUUUUUCAAUUCUGAAAAUUGUGAAGUCAUGUCCUAAAAGUUUUCAAUCUAUGUGUUAUUUGUUUAAUAUGGUCUCAUAUUUAGAAAUAAAUGGUUUGCUCUUUUUUUUUUCUUUAUGUAUAGAGCUAUAUAAAGAGAUCGGUUUCCUCACUACCUUUCCACACCAAAGCUCGCAGAGUAUAUAUAUAUAUCAUACUGCUUCCUCUCAGUGAGGAAAUUCAGGAUGCAUCUCCUUUGUACAAUUGUUAUAAUACUAAAAGCAAGUAGGAGUUAAAAAAAAGAAGGGCUUUGCAAACCUGUGAAGUCGGACUUGAAUCCUGGAGGAGGAGGGCUGUAACCAGGAGGUGGAGGGGCUGUUGCAUGGGUUUGGUGACCAUAUCCAUACUCAUCAGGCUGAGGCUGUUGCGGCAUUGCAGGCCCACUAAGGAAUAAUUUAUACACUCCAUAAGCAAGCACCAAAAUCACAACAAUGACGACGGCACUGCUGCCAUCACUAGAUGAGGGAGAAUUCCAGCUUUUCGAAUGCCCUUGGAAAAAGCCAGAUCCGUGUCCACCAGCACUGUAACUACCAUCAUUAGAUCUCUUCCAGCCUUCCUCAGUGUACUCUAGAGUGUACUCCAAACCACAGGAGCCACUGAGUACAUAGGGAUCCUCAGGGUAGUCAAAACCCUCACAGUUUACUUCCACUUUUCCAAAUCUGUAAGAGUUGUCCAUGUCUACCUUGCAUUCCCACUAAGAGUUAAAAGAAACAUGAUUAUUUUCCCUGCAAACGUCCACAGAAUUGUCUGCUCUGGGGAGUAAGAAGGUAAACAUUAUUUAUAAUAGAUGACUUAUUGGCUACUUUCAUUUUUCAUCGUAUAUUUGUAAUACAGUAAACACAAAAAAAGUUAUCACCAUUUGUUUUCCAUUUCUGUAGGUUACCAGUGAUACCCAAAAAUUUCCCACCAACCACAUACCUCCUCAUAUAGGACCAGGACCAUCUACAUAUCCACAGACAGCGAUUGGAAAGUCCAGGCGCAGUGAUCUGGAGCUGAUCCAGAAAAGUGUAAUUGCUAUCUUUUUUUUAUUUGCCAUAUUUGAUACCCUAAAAUAAUACACUAUAUUUGGGUUGUGUCCCUUCUAUUUUUCAUAUUGCUCCAUUGGAACGAAGGACUUCAGUUGCAAGCGCUGUUUCCCGCCAUUGUCAUAUUUAUUCUCAUCUACGACCAGGAGGUAGAGACUCAGAAGUUUGGGAAGUUCGAGCUGCUUCCAAUCUCUCUUUUUCACAUUUGUACCAGUGAAAUAUGCAGAUUUUCAUGAGAUCUCUUACAAUUUACAAUAAACAUUGAGUUAAAAACAAACAGCAAAUUAUGUUUACUAGGUAAGCAAAAAGUUAGUAACACAUUUAUUAUGAUAUCAUAGCUAUAAUUGUCAAUAUACAUCAGAAAACUAGAAAUGUAAAAAUAAAGAAUAAUAGUAACAAGAAAGAUUCUUAAAGGACCACUACAGGCACCCAGAUCACAUCAGCUCAAUGAAGUGGUCUGGGUGCCAGGUCCCUCUAGUUUUAACCCUGCAGCUGAAAACAUAGCAGUUUCAGAGAAACUUCUAUGUUUCACUGAGGAUUAAUCCAGCCUCCAGUGGCUGUCUCACUGACAGUGCUAGAGGCGCUUCCGUGAUUCUUACUGUAAAAAUCACAAUGAGAACUCGCUGACGAGUAAGUGGCUGAAAAGGGUUUCAACCCCUUCAGCCCAGCGGGAGGGGGUGCCCUAAUGAUCCUAUAGUGCCAGAAAAAUUAGUUUGUUUUCCUGGCACCAUAGUUCUCCUUUAAACUUUCAGACAUCCCAGGCCAUUUUAGUGCAAGCUGGGAUAAAAAUAGCUUUCUAUGUAACAUUUCCACUUGUACUCUGGCCACAAGUGGCUGCAAGGGAGGAGGUAGUUUAAAGAGAAGUGGAUGAUGAGAGAUAGUCCCUAGUGAAGGAUGCUGGGGAAAAAAUGCUCCCCGCCUGAGAAUAACAAAAAGGCAGGGGUCAGGUUUUCAAUUUUAAGUCCUAUGCUACAAGUCCAUAGCAAACUCACUAGGGGUGAAAUUCUACUUGCCAGGGCUACAAUUUCACUCGCAAAUGGCAAUUAAACAUGCAUUUCAGUGACCUUUAUCUUUAACAUUUGGCAGAUUUAUCAAUUAAAUUGCCAGGUACAAGGAGUAAAUAAAAGCACCAGAAACAUGACAAGAAAAAAAAAAAAAAAAGCCAAGGGUUAGCAAGGGCAGCAGAAAAUAGGAAGGCAAGUAUAAACCAAGAUCAGUAAUAGCUAUGUCAAUACAGCACCAAGCAAUGCAAAAGUUCGAAGGAUGAAGAAAGAGGGACCCAGAGCUCAAAGGCGGCAAAGCAACCAUAGGAAACAGGAUAUUGUUUGAUUCAGACAUACUGGAUCAAAUAUGUGAUCAUCUAUAUCCUUGGUGCGAUCAGAUCCUACAGUGAUGAACAUGCAUUCUAUUGAUGAAAACAUGAUUAAAAUUGAGUCUCCAUAAAUUACCACGCAUAUGGAACACGAAGUCAGAAAGUUAAAUCACGUUGUUUAUAUAGCUCUAGUCAUACCUCCCUGCAUGUGACUCACACAGCCAUCUUAAACACUUCCUGUAAAAAGUCAUAUAAUGUUUAUACUCUCUUUAUUACAAAUUCUGUUUAAUUUAUAAUUUCUUAUCUCCGGUUAAUAGUUUGAUAGACCCGGCAGGAGCCUCCUUUAAAGUUCAAAUUACAGGGCAAGAGAUAAAAACAUUGAAAGACAUUUGCAUUUGAUUCAAAGUUAAACAAUUUAUUAAUUUCAAUGCAGGCUGUGUCAGUCACUGCCGGGGUAGGUGUGGCUAAGGCUGCAUAAGCUGAACCAGAAGUGAUUUAACUCCCAAAUGGCAGUAAAUUAGCAGUGACACUUCAGUGGCAUGAUCUAUACACAAAAAUUGCUUCAUUAAGCUAAAGUUGUUUUGGUGUCCCUUUAAUAUGUUUAAUAAACUCUAAAAAAUACACAGUUGCAAAAAGGCACACCUCUUUCCAUUCUGAGUAAAAAGAUUUAAAAAAAAUGUGUUCAUUGUAGUUGAUAAAAUUAAACUAAUGUAGUGGUAUGAAGUGAUAGGAGCUCUUAUUUGUAUUUUGAGCAUUUGGUUCUAAACAAGGUCUGGAGAAACAAAGAGAGUAGGCAAUUUCAACUUUUCAGCUCUAAGUAUUAAAAUUUGGCAUACAGGUCUGAUUUCAAGUAGGAUUUAUUCUGUCUGUCAUUCUUCCAAUAAUACCAACUAACAUCUAUGGGCCAGGCCAUACUUGAAGACUAUAGAAACCUAACAAUAAACCUCCUGGUCAAUUAAUUUGCUAUAAUGAUUUCCCAUCCUAAUGUUACACAAUUAUUAAGCUUUGGGAUCAGAGUCUCUAUUUUCCAUUGAUCCCAGGCCCGGACUGGCCAUCAAGGAAACCAGGCAAAUGCCCAGUGGGCCACGAUGUCCACAGGCCGAGUCCGGCAGGGUAGCACCGGCCCUUACAGGGAAGACAGUCCCUUCAGGGGUUGAAGGUGAGAUUCGCAGGCUGGAGUGGGAGAAAUGACUCGGACACGCUCUGUGCGUGCCGGGCAGCCUGUCUUCUCGUGACCGCCGCUCUGAAAUUCUGGCGCUCGCGAGAGGUAGAAAUGGUCUGUACCAUGCGGAGGUACAGACCAAAUAAAUGGAGGGCUGGCCCACCAGGGAUCUGUGUGCGGCGUACCAAUCUCACUGGACCACCAGGGAUCUGCAUGCUCCCUCUCCCCUGCAAGGUAAUAGGGGGAGGGGGAGGGAGAGUGUGUAUGUAUGUAUAUUAUAUAUAUAUAUAUAUAUAUAUAUAUAUAUAUAUAUAUAUGAUUAAGCCACUAUCCUACCCCCUAUACACACACACACUACAUCCCCUUAUAUACACACAGUACACCCAUUUAUAUACACACACUACCUCCCCUUUGUAUACAUCCACUACACCCCCUUAUAUACAUGCAGUACACCCCCUGCAUCUACAAAAACUACCUAAUAUAGACACACACUAGACCCCCUUAUGUACACACACACACACACAGUACAACCCCCUGAAUCUACAAACACUACACUCACUUAUAUACGCGGUACACCCCUUUACAUACAUUCUUAUAUACACCCACACACACCCUUAUGUACACCCCUUUAUAUAAACCUUUAUACCCACUACACCUCCUUAUACCCACACAGUGCACCCUUUAUCUACACCCACUAAACCCCUUUAUAUACACACACACACAGUACACCCCUUUAUAUAGACCCUUAUAUACACCCACUAUACCCACUUACAUAAACACACACUACAAGUAGCCCUGGAAAAAAACAAAUCUUUACCAGCCCCAUAAUGCAUCACGCCAGCAUAGUGUGCAGAUAUGGGAGCGGAAAAACAAAAAACCUUAAAACUGAAAACUAUCCCUCAAACGUGAAAGAAAGCACUUAUAUGGCUUCAAAAUAAACAAAAGAGCGGAUUUAUUGUAAGCAGACGUGCAUUUGCAUAUAAUCAAUGUUUCAGUCCAUUUUCCUGAUAUAUUAAUAAAAGUUUGGUCAUUUGGACUGAAAUUGUGAAUGUAUGCUAUUGCACAGCAGUUAAAAAAAAAAAAAAAAAUGAUAUCUUUUUUUUUUUUUUUAAAGUAAAAAGAGUGUACUCUUCACUUUGGCUUACAACUGGAUAAAUUUCAGUCAAUGCCAAGUCAGUUCCCAUAGGAAAGCAUUGGGGGGCUAUUGCUCGUGUGACAAAAUGCUGCGCUUCACCGUACCAAUCAGCAUCGCCUCAUUGGAUCUCUAUGGGGAGCGAUCAGUGCCUCCAUACAGAGUGUGCAGCAAUGGACUAGGAAGCAUCUCUAGUGGCCAUCUGAGUGACUGUCACUAGAGAUGUGCCUAGGCUGUAAUAUAGACAUUGCCUUUUUUCUGAAAAGGUAGCAUUUACAGUGCUCAGCCUACAGAGACAGGCAAUAGACACCAGAACCACUACACUAAACUGUUGGCUAUAGUGUCCCUUUAAUACAACGUCUUUCUCUCACCGGUUGACUCUGAGUUUCAGGGAGAGCAGGAGACACAAGUGAAGAUGCAUUUUGUUUGUGUCUUUCUCCCCCAAGCCCCUUUAAUGUGUCUCUUAGCCCCAGCCCCAUUGUUUCUUUCUCCCUUUCCCGAGUCCUUCUGUGAGUCUCUUUCCCAGGUCCCAGCACCUCUAUGUGUAUCUUUCCCCACAGCUCCUCUGUGUGUCUCAUUCUCCCCUUUCCCAGUCCCUCUGUGUGUCUUCCUCAGCUCCUCUGUGUGUCUCCUGUUCCCCUUUCCCAACCCAUCUGUCUCUUUCUCCCCAUGUGUCUUUUUACUCUCCAGCCCCUCCAUGUGUCUCAUUCGACCCUCUCCAGUCUUCCAUGUGUCCCAUUAGAUCCUCUCUAGUCUUCCAUGUGUCCCAUUAGCCCCCCCCCAGCUCUCCCUGUGUCCCAUUAGCCCCCCCAGCUCUCCAUUUGUCCCAUUAGUCCCCCCCAGCUUGGCCACGCUACCUCCUGCCGGCCACCUUUUAAUUGUGCCUUGCGGCCCGCGGGCCGGUGCGCACUAGCUGCUAGUAUGCCAGCCCACCAGGAAAUUUCCCGGUAUCCCGGUGGGCCAGUCCGGCCCUGGUACACCCACUGCACUCGCACACACAGUACACAAACUCUAUACCUCAUAAAUAUACUGUACACUCCUUGCAUUCACAAGCUCUAAACCCUAUAAAGACACACUACACCCCUACACUCACACACUCUAUACCCCUUGUACACACACCCCCUUAUUAACGAGAGGUUAUAUGACUAUAGUGUAGAGUUAAAGGGACACUCCACUGCCAAAAAAAACUAAAAUAAUAAAAAACAAAAACCGUUUAGUAUAUAUAAUCCAACUGAAAACAUGUAUUUAUUUAUGUAUUUUUUCAUUGGCGUAAAAUCUAAAAACAACUUGCAAAAGCUGAAGUUCUCUUGUCUGCUUCCUCUGCAAUUCCUCCAUUUCUAAACAACCCCAGAUUUUCUGUAGCAAUCUAAUCACAGACUUCCCAAUGCAGCUCAAUGAGAAGUCUUUGCAAAGCAAGUGCACUGAGCAAUUGCUGCCUCUUGAAAGCUAACCAAACCAGGAAGUAACAGGACCAGUUGUCGGAUUGACAGCCUGGUACAGAGUGCCUCUUUAAUGCCAUGUGAAAUUCACAAGUGAUUGAAUAAUGACAGCAAUAUACAAAAUAAUAAUUCAUGCAAGAUAUGUUAUCUGGAAAAUGGAAUUCUGUCAUGCCAAUAGAUUAUUGUGCCCUCACUUCAUACCAAUAUAUACAAUCUUAACAAAUAGUACAGAAAUAGAAAAAGAAAAAGUUACCUGAACGUCAAUGCCAUCCCAACCUCUGUUAUGACACUGUACCACCUGUGGCAUCACCUUGCAGCCAGCACUGCCACCAGUGCAUUUCAGCUGUGGUACAGGGGAUGUGCGGCGGCUAUUUGUGUAUCGGUCUGAAUACAAAGUGAUCGCCUGAAUAUCUCUCAGCAGCACUCGGUCUGCAAUGAAACGUACAUUGGUAUGUGGUCACAUCAACAAGCAAACUAAUCAAUGUAUGUGCUAUGCAUCAUUACUCAUAAAGUGAUAAUAUUUAACCAAUGAAGCUUAAAAGGUUUAUAGCACAGAUUAUACAUGUAUAAAACAUUAUACCUCUCUCUAAACAUUUCUGAGUCUCUCCACAAAUGAACGCCUUGGCCAGUUCUAGGCUAUUUAUCAAUCUUUUCACACAAUAUUACAUUACACUAUUAUGUGAUUUCAUUAUAUUUAUAUGUGACAGAAAUUAGUUCAAUUAGACUGUCAUGAAGAUAAAUGAACGUGUGGUGUGGAAAUACUGUUGUAUGCCAAAGCUAGAGGAUCUGUUACAUAAGAGUAAUCCUUAAUAUGUUUACACUAUUGGGGACAUAGUAGCUUUUGCUACUAUGCCAAGAACAUAUCAGUGAACAUACCUCCCAAGUGUCCCUCUGUCACUAUUUUCUAUCCUAAUGUCACCCCCCCCACCCGAUGCUCCAUAUUAUUUAUGUGUCUUAGAGUCUAACAGAGCUCCAGAGCAUUAAUACUCACAGUCACAUGUUUUUAAACAACAUGAAUGUGUUUAGAAAUCUGUCUGUGUAAAUACGAUAUGCUUUUCUUCUCCUAAAUUAUAUUAUAGUUCGUAAAAAUUGGUUAUAGUAAGUCAUCUACAAUUUCUCGGAACAGGCCUGCCCCCUAUCACACCCUGAAAAUUAAAGCAUCCCUCUUUGUCAAUUAGAAAUAAUGGAAGGUUUGGCAGUGAAGCAAAACAAAGUUAAGAAUUAAAAACAAAAAACAAUUAUUAAACUAUAUAUUAAAUAUUUAACCUAUACAUGUGUUUACAGUCUGCCAAGCAAUUUCCUAUAAAGAGCCACCAUGACCUUGUAUUACCACCACCACCUCCGUGCCACGCCUUCAUACCCUGCUUGUGUUACCACCACCUCCCUGCCAUAUGUCCAUACCCACCUUGUGUUAUCACCACCUUCCUGCCAUAUGUCCAUAUCCACCUUGUGUUUCCACCAUCUCCCUGCCAUAUGUCCAUACCCACCUUGUGUUUCCACCAUCUCCCUGCCAUAUAUCCAUACCCACCUUGUGUUUCCACCAUCUCCCUGCCAUAUAUCCAUACCCACCUUGUGUUUCCACCAUCUCCCUGCCAUAUAUCCAUACCCACCUUGUGUUUCCACCAUCUCCCUGCCAUAUAUCCAUACCCACCUUGUGUUUCCACCAUCUGCCAUACCAAGUCCUCAUGCCUAUCUUGUGUUACCACCUCCCUGCCAUAUCUCCAUGCCCAUCUGGUGUUACCACCACCUCCCUGCCAUGUCUCCAUGCCCAUCUUGUGUUACCACCACCUCCCUGCCAUGUCUCCAUGCCAAUCUUGUUUUACCACCACCUCCCUGCCAUGUCUCCAUGCCAACCUUAUUGUUAGCACCACCACCACGCCAUAUCUGCAUACCCACAUUGUGUUACCACCACCACCUCCCCUGCCAUGUCUCAAUACCCAUCUUGUAUUACCACCACCACCUCCCCUGCCAUGUCUCAAUACCCAUCUUGUAUUACCACCACCACCUCCACUGCCAUGUCUCCAUACCCACCUUGCUGGUUCCAGCAGUGAACCUGAGCCAGUUGCAUGAUGGAGAGGAGGGCCAAGGCCAGACACAUGCCAGCUGCUGCCAUCUUCUCAACAGGUGGAUGUCUUGAUGCUCUUUUGUGUCUCUUGCAAGUAGUCUGUCACUCAGUAAGCCUCUAACCCGCAGGGCUCGCACUCUAUCCGCCUUAUACCCGCACACGGCUACCUGAGCUCCUUACACCAAGUUACAUCAGAAUCAGUCAGCAGGGAGCUUGUUGACUUCCGCAAUCAAACCUGGCACAUUCCUAUUGGCUGUUCAGUGACAAGUGGGCGUGGCAUACGGGACGCUGUCAUCCAUGUUAACAUACGAUUAUUAAAUAAAGUUUCGUUCGUAAAAAAAAAUAAAAAAAAACCCAAAACAAAACACCCGAAACAAAACAUUCUAUCUAAAGCCUCAGUGGAGGAGCAUUUCCGGCGGAAGUAGUUCCUUUGUUGUCAUUCGAGGUCUGGUCAGCCGGGCAGUCAGCUGCCUUGUUCAUCUCCCAUUGUACAGGAAAGUGAUCACAGCCGUAAAGAGAAGCCAGAAAUCCACCUCAUUCAUCUCCUGCAUUAAUAAAGAACACACAGGCACUGACCCCCUGGUUGCUGAACAUAUAUUUAAUAUAUAAUAAUAUUUAUUGAGAGACAGUGAGUAUUCACAGGAUAGUCUCCUGAAGCUGAGCUGGGAUAACCAUGGCUGGCAUCAAAGGUAAUUAAUAAUAGACUUAUUACAGUUAAUGGCAGUCAUUAUUAAUGGGCUGGGUGAAACUAGCCAUUCAUCUGUUUGUGGUUUAUUAGAAAAUUAAUAUGAUGUUAUUGUCACAGUAAUAAAUGGUACAAUUCAUUUAUUUACCAGUUAAUAAAAGCAAUGACUUAUUUUCAGGUUUACUGGUUAUUUCAAGCACUAUAUGCAUAGAUAUUUAUUUGCAGAUGCAUGCCAUUAAUCUAUUUUAUAUAGAGUACUCUAGCUAGCAGGAAACUGGGAUUUGCAGGUGAGAAGUUUUAAAGAAUAUAUGUAUCCACACCCAGGUUUAUUGAACUCCAAUGGUGACUGCUUUCACUUUGCACAUGUACAGGGUUGGUGUGAAUGAAUAAUGGAAAGUCAUAGGUGAUUGCUUUUUACUUCCAUGUGCAGCAUGUAACCCUUGCAUAAUAUUUUGAUAUCUCCGUUUCAGAUAAUCUUCUUGAACAAUAUUUUACCUAAUCUGGUACUCCUUCAUGAUAGUAUGAUAACUCCGUAAUGCUCUGUAUAAUCCUUCCGUAAUAUUCAUGUUUUUUUUACUUUUACUUGAAAACUCUUUUACUCAUCUACAAAAACUAAUGAAAAAAACUGCUAAAUAGAUUCGAAAUUUUGUUCUGAGUUUAAAAAUACCCAGUGUUUGCAUGCUUUUUUUUUUUUUUGCAAGUUAUAGGGCUAUAAGUACAAGUAGGAUAUUGCAGUUUCAAAACAUACAUUUUUAAAAUUUAUCAAUAGUGACAUCGUAACACUAUUAUCUGUCAUAAAUCUCUGGAAAACACCCCACAUGCAUAUAUUUUUUUUAAAGUAGGCAACCCAGGGUAUUCAUCUAAGGAUAUUUUGACACUUUCUAUGCAGCCAUUUUACCACCAGUCUUUGCCAAACUUCGCCAAGGUAGUUUUUAUUUUUCCACAUACAUUGCAAUUCAAGUAUAAACUCACAGAUCCUGUUAUGUGUUGCUGCCAAAAACACACACUAAUAUAUGUUCAGCAACAUCUCCUGAGUACAGUGAUACCACCCAUGCAUAGGCUUGUCGGGUUGUUUGGGGGCUAAAAGGCCACAUUUGGCAGGUGCGCAUAUCCAUUUUUCAACUUGGAAUUUUGACAUGUAGUCAACCUGCACACAUGUCCUAUUUGGGACAUUUGUAAGGCCGGCCAAUGUAUUUUACCCCCACCAAACCAAUAUUUUUGGAAAGUAGACACCGUAGGGUAUUUCAAAUGGUGGUAUUUUAAUACUUUCCAUGCACUAAUUCUACCACCAGACUUUGUCAAACCUUUAGGUAGUAAUUUUUUUGGUGUUUUUUUUUCACACACAUUGUACUUUAGGCAUGAAUUAACAGAUCCUAUUAUGUGACGUUGCCAAACAACACCCCAAUAUGUGUUCAGCAACAUCUCCUGAGUACAGGGAUACCACCCAUGCAUAGGCUUGUUGAGUUGUUUGGGGGCUAAAAGGCCAUCGAGACUUGUACAUAUCAGUUUUUCAACUUGAUAUAUAGGUAUGCUUGGCCUCUCUUCAGUUUGGCAUAUUUUUGCAUCCCCCUGUUAAUGUUAAUAUCAUGAAAGUUUAUAUUUUUAUAAAGUAGACAUUCCAGGGUAUUGUAUAUGGGGUGUUUUCACAUCCUUCCCCCAAUCAUUGUGCUAAACAAAUUUCAGAGAGCGUGCAUGGUGGUAAUUUUUGAAUUCUGCUUUUUAUGCACACGUCAUCUGGUUUUGGCCAGACAGUUGUAUGUUACUGCCAUAAAACUUUUUUAACCAAAUGUGCAGGUAUCAAAUGCACCUUUAGCAGCAUUCUCUAAACUAACUCCUGCAAAAAGAAUCUAACUGGAGACUUGGGGGAAGGAAACUGACUAACUAAAAUUUGCUGCUUUCAAAAGAAAAAAAUAAACAGUUCAAAGGGGCAUGUGUCCUUUUCCCUUUUUUAUAACAGACCCGGCAACGUUUCUGGGGAUUUCUUUUUUUUGGUGUUGGCGGUAUCUUAAAAAUAAAAUGUCUGGACUCCUCUUGUUGUUGGACGUUAUUGGAACUUGACCAUCUCCAUAAAUUAUUGUGGAAAUCAGCUUGAGCUGAAAUUGGAGAAAGGUGGUUCUUCCUGGAUUCAUUUUUUUAAAGAGUAAAAAUUAAUUAUGUGUUGCUACUUGCAACAGGUCGAUAGCCACCUUUUUGUACCAGGCUUUUGUCUUUCUUAAGAUAAGAUAUGGCUGCAUCAGCUGAUCAGCCAAAUCAACACCCCCCAUUUGCCAGUUAUAAGCCCUGACACAAAUAGGUUUUGUCUGCACCCUGCCUCGGACAGUGACGUCUGACAUGCUUUUGUUAUGGAUGGUUUUUAGCAUGUGAACAUCCUUCCUGUCCUUAAAUUUUAGCGCAAGCAGUUCAGCUUUGCGCAGAGCUUGCAUUCACCUUUUUUUAAUUUGGCUUCUAUGAGAGGUCUGGGGAAAUCCUUGGCAUUUCUUCUUACAGUGCCGAAGGCCAGUGUCUGCAAACGAUAAAGAAUUUUAAACAAGUGGACACUGCUGUAAAAAUUGUCCACAUAAAGGUAGUAACCCUUAUUGAACAAGGGGAUCAGUAGGUCCCAAACAAGUUUCCUACUUGUCCCCAGAGAAUCAGGACAGCCAGGAGGGUUCAGUUGACCAUCUUUCCCCUCAUAUACACGAAAGGCAAAUGUCUAGCCACUUUCGCUCUCACACAGUUUGUACACUUUAAUGCCAUACCUAGACCGCUUUGAGGGGAUAUACUGUUUGAACCCUAAUCUCCCUUUAUAUUUCGUAAGGAAUAAAUCAAUAGAUAAAUUUUGUUGGGGAGUAUAAACUUCAGAAAAUCUGUUCUGAAGAUGGUCUACCAGUGGGCGAAUGUUUAUUUUUUUAUCAUAUUGGGGAUGAUCUCUGGGGUGACAGAGGGUAUUGUCGUUGAAAUGUAAGUAUCUCAGCAGCAGCUCAUGUCUUGGUCUAGGCAUUGUUUGGGAGUAUAUAGGAGUUGAACAAAUUGGGUUGGUGCUCCAGUAAUUGAUGGCUUCUUUAUUAUCCCCUUGAGCAUUGUAAGAGCCCAGAAUUUUUUAAGUUCAGGGACAUCUGUGCGAUGCCAAGCAUGCUCCCUGACUGUAUAGCUACCUGGAUUGGUCUCAGUAAAUUGGCUAGCGUAUAAAUUAGUCUGGGAAACAAUUUCCUCCCACAUGGUAUCCCCUUAAAAUAAUUCCAUAUAUUGUAUAGGGGAGAAGUCAACCACAUUCACAUUAAUGCCUGCGUUGGCACUAAAAGGGUGGAUGUUGGGCUCAGUUGACUGUGGAGGUACCAGUCCUUCUCCACAUUCGGCGUAGCAGGGAAAGCACUGCUUCUUUUAGCAGCUGGUUCACACACAGAUGACAUGUCACUAGACGUGUAGCUAAAAUGACUUGGGUCAAAAUCGGAUGCAGUGUCAGUGGCGUCAGAGUCUGACGCCAAGAAGGCAUAUGCCUCCUUCAAACUGUACAUGCGCUGCAUGUUUCACACUAACAGACUAAACUAACAAAAUUAACUAAACACAAAUUUAUUUAUUUUUAAUAUAUUUUAUUUUUUAUUUUUUUACUAAAACAGACUAAAACAGUAAUCCCUAAACUAACUCCUGUUAAAAGAAUCUAAUGGAGAUUUGGGGGACAAGACAAACUAACUAAGACAGACAACAAUAUAUCACGAUCUCUGGCUCUGUCGCCUCACAAAACGCAACAAAGGAGAGAGAGGCAGAGAUCAGUGUCAAAGUGAGUGUUUGUAACACCCACUUUGACAUCAGCCAAUUGUGAGCGAUCGCGGAUCGCUCACACGCCGCAAUUGGCUGUUACUAUCUGCCUGGGAUGCCUGGCAGAUAGUAACAACGGGAUUUCGGCGGAAGUGAUCUCUGAUCACUCCCGCCGCCCGUUUUCCGUUAGGACGGUUCAGGACCGUCCUCGGUCAGCAACGCAAAAAUGCCUGAAGGGGUUAACACAGUUUAAUGAAAUAAGAACAAUAGUGUUUUUUUUCAAUUUACUUUUCAAUUUUUUGGUUUUAGUUCCAGUGUAAGGACAGCUCUCUGAAGCUGCAUUUGCAUCAGUUGAAGUUAUCUGUUCUGAAUAAUUAUGUCUCAUCCAGUUCUUCUCAUAGAGAAGCAGGAUAUAUAGCACAUGUGCAACUUUUGUCAUGCGUUAGAUGUGUUCCACAUCAUUAUACUAUGUGUGAUAACAUCAAACCUUCAGUGAGAAGGCCUUUAAACUAAAAUCACUUCUUAAAGGGACAUUAUAGGCACCCAGACCACUUGAGGACAGCUGUGCACGAGGACAUCCAGUGUUUACACAUCUACCACAGGAAAGCAUUAAUUCAGUGCCUUCCUGUGGGGAAGACUUAAAGAGACACUAUAGGCACCCAGACCACUUCAGCUCAUUGAAGUGGUCUGGUUACAGUGUCCCUAUUGCACUUAGUGCUGCAAAGUAAAACAUUGCAGUUCCAGAGAAACUGCAAUGCUUAAACUGCAGUACUAGCUCUGGUAACUGACGCUGGACGUCCUCAAGCUCUGCAUGAGGACAUCCAGCGUCAGCUAUUUCCCCAUAGGAAAAUAUUGAUUCAAUGCUUUCCUAUGUGGAAAGCCUAAUGCUUGUGCGGCACUUGCCACACAUGCGUAUUAGCGCACUCUUUUCAGUAACAUAGGAGGAGGCGGUGCCACGACCGAGGGACAUUGGUGCUGGGAUUAGCUAAGUGAAGAAAGUGUUUUUAACCCUUUAUUAACAUUGGCAGGGGGGAGGCAGAGUGAGCCGUAGUGCCAGGAAUACACCUUUGUAGUCCUGGCACUAUAGUAUCCCUUUAAUGCGCAUGCCAGGCAUGUGUAUUAGUUUCCCCCUCGGGGCGGACUUCGAUGCUGUAAUAAGCAAAGUGAAUUCAACGAUUUUUAACCCAUUUAGUGCUAGGGGCUGGGCAGAGGAACACUUUAGUAUUGGUAAUACAGCUUUGUAUUCCUAACAUUAAUCUGUUUUGUUUUGUAAACUAUUUGCUGUUAUGUCCCCACUAUAUAAUUAAAAAUCACUGAGGAGUAAUUUGAAGCUUUUAUAAAUGUUAAUAAUGAUGAGAGAUGAUUGGAAUUGCUGAGUAGUGGAAACCACAGGGAUAGAUGUUUGUAAUACAGGAAUUGUCCAUAACCACAUUCCAUCACCCAUUCUUCUGAGCCAGUCAAGCAGAAGUCAUUAGCUAACAUGCCCCAAGUACUUAAAUUUGUUAUUUUUUUUUAGUAGUUAUUAGUAUGCGUGUGAUUGAGCUAGUUUUUUUCAUUUCUUAUUGUUUAUUUUCAUUUAAACUAGUGUUUUUUGCAGUGCUUUAAAAUUUUUACAUUGGUUGUUAUGGUGCUUAGAGUGCCCACUAUGCCAUUUAUGACCACACUUGCUUAACAGUUUGUAAAUUACGCCAGUACAAAACAAUGCAAUAUAAAUUGGGUUACUCUUAGUACCAUAACUGUUCUAAGCUUGUUAUACUGUCCAUAAAUUUGCAAUUCCCUGGUAAAUUUUCAACAAAUUGCACUUUAUUAAAUAAUCCUGCGAAUGUACUCUCUAAUGUCAAGGUAAUUGUAUUAAGAACUUCAGUUUCUAUGGAGUGUAACUUUAUAUAUACUUUUGUUUUUUUGUUUAAAAGAAAGAAAAAAUGGUCAGCUGACAGUCCAGUGAUAAGCUCCUGAUCCGGAUCAGUUGUUUUUCAUUCAUCACUUUGUAUUUGAACACUACCAUUGAUGCUACAGUCUUGCAUUAUAAAUAAAUAUUUUAUGAAUUUUAAACAACUUUGUAGUGAACACUGAAUUAAGGUGGCUGGAUUCACCAUUUUUCCUGGACAGGUAUCAGCUAUUUACACAACAUUAAAACCAGUGACAUGUGAAGCGAAUAACAUUUGGCAUCUGUCAAGGGGUAUGAUAUAUAUAUAUAUUUUUUUUUUUUAAAGUGACAAUCCGUGUGAACACAGUGAAAAUAUGAAGAGGGGUGAGAUAUAUUGGGCAGCAAAUUAAGAGUCAGUUCUUGAAUUUCUUGUGUCGAAUGGAUGACUACUUACUCUGGGAGGGGGUUCUGGCACCAUAACCACUACACAGAUGUAGUGGUUAUUGUGCAUGGAUUAUUUAUUUAAAUAAUCUACAAGUGCCCCUCCCGAAAUCAGGCUCUGGAUCCGCCACUGCUUCCUCCAAGCACGUAUGAACUGGAAUCUGCCCUGGAGUAGAGCAACGCACAGCAGCUAUCACAGUUCCUGUCCUUGACUGGUACCUUAAAUAUAAUAAGAACAGAAAAAAGGUGCGCUAAAAAUUUAAAGUGCAAAUUCAUCUAGCAGCAUCAACUGUGUAAAAUAAACUGCAAUCUACCAUUUCAUUCGCAAGUGAUGAGGUGUAUACAAACAAUCAGCACAUAUGUGAUCUAGAAGUGAAAAAUGCAAAAACCCCUUCAAAGUGAUGUGGUGCAUAAAUUAAUUUUAACUUUAUAUCUGAGGUAAGUCACAGCUCCAAUUGAAAUAAAUAGAAAAGGAUAAAAAAACAUAUAUAGUAUAAUAUUGCAGGGUAAAGAGUACUAAAUUAAUGGUAAGAUAAGAAAUUCACUCACAAACCUAGAUCUUCCUUUAGUAGCCCAAAUAUAUAUAGAGACUUCCACUGUAGCCAUUAAGGAUAAAUGGACAUUUAUUUCACAUUUGUCACCGGAUCCUUAGUAGCGCCAGUCCUGCCUUGAGUCCGUGUAUCCGCCGACUAAAGUAGAUUGCACUUUAUUUUACACAGUUGAUGCUACUAGAUGAACUUGCACUUUAAAUUUGAGUGCACUUUUUUCUGUUCUUAUUAUAUUUAAGUGUUUUUGGGCUUUGAAAUUAUAAGCGCCAAUUUUUCACUUGUUUAUUGUAUUUCCAUCUUGACCUCUACCUUGCCAGCCUGGUCCUAACUGGACCCAUGGAAGCCACUCACACUGCUAGAUUAACACAGAGCUGCAAAUUAAGCCUCCUCUCCAAACAAAUAAUUCAAACAGUCCAAACAAACACAACACCAUUGACAGUCCACAUAGAAGCUCACAAUCCCACAAGCAGCCCCACACAUACACACACCACCAAACACACAAUGUGAUAUGUCAUCAACACACGCAAACUACUCAUACAUAUACAAUAUAACAGCCCACAUAUACAUAUUUACACAGCAACUACAGAACCCAUAAAUGAUACAAGCAGAAUAUUUCAACAUACACACCUCAAUUAAAAAAAAAAAAAAAAGGGACCGGCACACCAAGGAACUUCAGGAUCUUUUUUGGCACAAUACCUCUAAAAGGUUACCUACCCUUGUGCUAGAGCAACAAAUCCGAUCCAUAGAGGCUUCACCUCGCAACUUGCAAGACUUACGGGAUCUGCUGCUAAUGUCUUGGUGCCACAUGACCCUUUCAGAGAUAUUGUGGAGUCCAUGCCUAAACACUCAGAGAUGUUUUGGUAUCACUAGGGAGGCUUACACAAUAAGAAUCAGGUGGUUUUAAAGUUGUGGCUGAUCGGUGUAUGUGUGUGUAUAACUGGACUGUGUGGAAAUACAGGGUUGAAUGUGUGAAGGGACACUGUAUGCAUUCAGGACUGUGUAUAUGUGUAUGAGAAGUGACAGAGUGGGAAAACAUGUCUGUGUAUAUAUAUAUAUAUAUAUAUAUAUAUAUAUAUAUAUACAUAUACAUGCAGGCACACAGGGUUAAUCAUUAUAAUUGGUAUUGUCUGGAAUUAAUGACAAUUCUUACUUUAGUAGAUAACUCAAAAGUUGUGUGAAUACAGGGGUGUAUAUGAGUGUGUGAAGGGAACAUGAAUAUGUAGGAUGUAUGUGUGCAAAGGGACAUUUGGGAAUGCAGUGUGAAUGUGUAUGAGGGGGUCAGUGUCUGGAAAUGCAUGGGUGUGUUUGCACACUUUUCUCUAGCCAUAUUACUUACCUUCUUCCUAGAAAUAAAGAGAAAUUUUAUGACCUGCUACGGACAAGUGGCAUUUGCAGGAAGAGGGGGCAAUGACAUUUCACUGAUCCUGGCAAUUUCUUUGUGUGUAGUUCAUAAAUAGAAUUCUGUUUGACCCUUAGUGUGAAUCUCUUUCAAUAUUGUUUGACCCCACUCUUUGGAGACUCUGCUCACCUAACUGUUUGAGGGUCAAAGGGGGAUAUUGAUGUCAAACAGAAAAUUGAGGUGAAGAGAGUAGAUCUUACCAUGGAAAUCAAUGAAAUCCGCAGUAACAUUUUAUUUUUUUUCCACAGUGACUGCUCUAUUUUUAAAAGUUCGUCCCACUUUUCUGUCAGCAUUUUUACAUAUUUCACCAAAAGAUAUUCAGAGUCAGAAUUAAGAUUAGUUAUCAAGGUAGCAAUGUCCUGGCCCUUAAGACGUAAUUAACGGUCAAUAUCGAAGGCAGGAAACCAUAACCUUGCAACUUUUCUACCCAGUUAUAGAUGAAAAUAUAGCAUUCUUUACAUCUCAUUACUUAUGAUGUUAACAUGAAUUUCUGUAUUAAUCUGUACCAUUUGGUUUUUCACUUAGCCCUGAUUAGCCUUUCGUUCGGCGGAGCAAUUGGACUGAUGUUUCUAAUGCUUGGAUGUGCCUUGCCACAAUAUAAGUAAGACUCUGUGUGUGUGUGUCUUUUUAAAGAUAUCUUCAAUAUCUACAUACUUGGUUAACUAUAUGAACCCUAAUGUAAUCAAUAUGUGUUAUUUAAUUUAGUGUCACAUUUGUUGACCUAUAAUUUCUUCUCCUGCAGCAUGUACUGGCCACUGUUUGUUCUAUUCUUCUACAUCCUUGCACCCAUUCCAUACUGCAUAGCAAAGAGGGCUGUAGAUGAGACUGAUGCAGCUAGCAAUGCCUGCAAGGAACUUGCAAUUUUCCUCACCACUGGUAUAGUUGUCUCUGCGUUUGGACUGCCCAUGGUGUUUGCUCGAGCAGGACUAGUAAGUAAAGUUCCUUAUACGAAACUAAUGAAGUUUGCAGAACUCUGCAUAUCUUUAAUGAUUCUGUCACCAAACAUAUGGUCUAUGACAUCAUUUGCUGACAUAUUACCCUUCUUUAUUAUCUUAAACUAUAUUCUCUGUCUGUCUAUAUAUUUAUAACAUUUCCUGGAUUAUAUGUAGUGCGCUUGUUUAAUUCAAAACUGGGUGAUUAAAGGAACGCCAUAGUCUCAGGAAUACAAACAUGUGUUCCUGACACUAGAGUUCCAAUAGUGCCAUUUGAGGUGGCCUGCCCCGCUCCCCUGCAGUAAAAAGAUGAUUUGCUCACCUUUUUUCCAAUGCUGUGCGGGUCUUCUCGUGGCUCGCACCUCUUCCUUGGCUGAGAUCAUCAUAGUUAAUGAUCUCAGCCAAUCCAAUUCUUUCUCACUGCUUUACUCCUAGGGAUGCAUUGAAAAAGCAUAGUUUACUUUUAAAAAGCUUGCAAAAAAAAAAGUGUAGACACCAGUACAACUGCAUUAAGAUGUGGUUGUUCUGGUGACUAUAGUGUCCCUUUUAAAGGAAAACCUGAAGGUCUAACCAAAGAUCAUAUUGUGCUCUCAUUUUCAUCUUCUUACCUUAUGUCUACUCUCUCCUGUGUAUUCACUAAGUCUCCUCCACUAUAACACAAAUAUAUUUAAAAUGCACUUCCGUUAUGCUUACCAUAUAUAGACCCAUUUAUAAAUGAAAAUAUAGCAUUCUGGCUACUGUAUGUGUACAUACAACUAACCAUCACAAAACCUGAUCCUGACAUUUAGUAAACUGAAUCAAGCAAGAUAUAGCCUACAGUAAAUUCUAUGUGGUGUAUUUCUCUCUUUGUUGAAAUACAUACCCCUCAGUUCUCAUAUUUGCUAAAGCCAAUUCUGGUUUGAAUUCAGUCUUCCUGGCUGGAUCUUCACAAGUCGGCUGGAUGCAUCUGGUGUCUGGUUUAAGAUCCGUGCUUUCCCAUUUGAACCCUAUAUACAACAUAUAAGAUAUGGAAUAUUUACAGAGCAGUGGUUAAAGAAAAAACACUAUAACCUGAUGGAGCUAUUGGAAAAAAUUAAAUAACAGAACUUUUAAUGGUAGCAAAAAAGACUUGAACAAGUCUAUUCUGUGCAUUAUUAUAGAGAUUCUGUCUAUUCAACGUUUAAUAGACAUGCCACCACACACAGCAUGGUGGGCAGGUGCUAAACGAGAUUUGAAACCUCCCAACCGCCACAUGAGUAACCCUUGCUCUGUUGAUUAUUUUUUUUUAAUAUAAUUUGCCUGCUUGAAACAUGCAUUGCCAGCUGGCAAAUAGAUUAAUUUCUUAAAAUUAUCCUGCAGCUUUUGUUUCAUCUGAAAUCCAGACCAAAUUUAGGCUUAUUCAAGGCCUGCUGGGUAAAAUCCAGAUAUUGGUAACAACUAUGAACAAUGUCUGGAAGUUGCAGUUUUAUUGGUCCUGUUCGAAUAGUUUUUCCCCCCACAUUCAGUAAAAAGUUAUUUAGACUUUACUGAAAAAUAAUGUUACUGCUACUAUGUCAGUUUGUUAUUCCUGAUGCUGAACACUAGAGGUCAGCAUACUCAUUACAUAUUUGGGAUUGGAAAAAAUAUGCUUUGUGCAAAUAUGCUUUGUGCACCAAACACUAGUGCUACUACCAUUUAUUUGAAGGACACAUAAAACAAACAUUUUGGGGUAAUCCCUUUCUCAAUGCAUUAUGUCUUUCCCCCAUACAAAGCACUCACCAGCUUGAAUAGUGAAAUACAAACUAUUAGAAAAAUCCAUACCCACCGCCCUCUGCCCAAAGUGGAGGUGUGAGAUCAUCCUGGCAUCUGGUUGCCAUCUUACCACGUCUCCCUGCAUGCUGCGGUGAUCACAUGGUGCAUGUGGACGUCGUACCUAAUGGCAUCACAUAGCUAGGUAACAGUAAACAAAGAAAUCUUCUGGCCAUUCGGAACAUUUUAAGCAGGCUUAAUGAGCAAUAUAAUUUCUACAGAAAAGGAGAAUCAAGGCUGGAUACAUAUUACAAGCUAAGAAAAAAUAAAAACAGGGAACCGAAAAUGCCUAAGGUGAAGCCACGGGGCUUCCACAUCCAGGUAGUGUGUUAGACAAAGAUAAUGCAUAAAAUACAAAGAAAGUGCAGACCAACAAACUAAUAUUUACAAAUAUAUGUACUUUCACACACAAACAUAUUUACCCCCUGGUAUGCAACAUAUAACCAGGAAAUGUGCAAAUGACAACUCAAUCAUUCAUGAUGGUUGGGACUAAAAGGAAACCCUCCAACAGGGAAAGAACAGAUGGCAAAUAGUAAGGCCUUGAAGGUACAGAGGCUAUAUAAAUUUAUGCUGUUCUCCUACACUCUGACUCUUUCCUCUGCAAAAAGAAAUUACUUCAAUACCCUUAUAACCACACUCUCCUGCGAACCCAAACAAUUACUUCAAAGUUUUAAUGCUCUCCUUUGCCCUGUUGCUCCCCCUCCUCCUACCCCCCGUCCGCCUCAAACUUUGCAACUCACUUCACUGAGAAGAUUUCUACAAUCAUGGAAAAGAUCUAUAACCUCCCUCCCUUCCAAUACAUCACCCAACCCCACUCCCUCUGCUGUUCUAUGCUCAUUUGCACCUACCACAACAGAAGAGGUUUCUGCUCUGCUCCGGUCCUCCCGCCCCACCACCUGUUCCCUCAAUCCUAUUCCCUCAUAUCUCCUCCACACUCGGUCUCCCUCUCUUGCUCUUCCUCUCACUAAAGGUUUUAAUCUCUCCCUUUCCUCCGGCACAUUUCCUUCACCCUUCACGCAUGCAACCAUAACACCAAUUCUGGAAAAAGCCCAACCUUGACCCCAACCCCCCAUCUAACUACCGCCCUAUAUCGCUACUGCCGUUUGCCUCCAAGAUCCUUGAGAGAGUUGUGUAUGCGAGAUUGACAGACUUCCUCGUAUCCAACUCUCUGCUUGACCCACUUCAGUCUGGAUUCUGCGCUCGUCACUCAGCUGUGACCAAAGUAUCCAACAAUUUAAUCACUGCUAAAUCUCAUGGCCAUUACUCUAUCCUAAUGCUCCUUGAUCUUUCUGCUGCCUUUGACACUGUUGAUCAUCAACAGCUUCCUCUCAUUCUCCGUAAUCUCGUCUAUGGGAUACUGCUCUCUUCUGGUGCUCCUCCUACCUCUCCCAGCUCUUUUUCAGUGUAUCUUUCUCUGGUUCUGCCCCUUCUCCCCAACCCCUCUCUGUUGGCGUUCCCCAAGGUUCUGUCCUUGCUCCCCUACUGUUCUCUAUCUAUACUGCCUCCCUUGGUAAACUCAUCAGCUCCUUUGGCUUCCAUUAUCAUUUAUAUGCAGAUGACAGGCAAAUCUACCUGUCCUCUCCUGAUCUUUCUCCACCCAUUUUGACUCGUGUCUCUGACUGCCUCUCCGCGAUUUCCAACUAGAUGGCUGCUCACUUCCUUAAACUCAACCAAAACAGAACUUUUGGUCUUUCCUUUCUCAAGUGUUGCUACUCCAGUGUCGGUCUCCCUCCAAAUCAACGGCGUCACCAUCACCUCUACCUCGCAGGCUAGCUGCCUAGGUGUUCUCUUUGACCUUGACCUCUACUUCACUUCUCAUUUGGCGAUUGCCAAAUCCUGCUACUUCCAUCUCAAAAACAUAGCUCGCAUCCGCCCUUAUUUAACACCAGCCGCGGCUAAGGUGCUGGUCCAUGCCAUUGUUCUUUUUCGCCUUGACUACUGCAAUCUCCUCAGUGGUGUCUUAUGUUUUCCCAGAUUGCACCGCUGCAAUCUAUAAUGAAUGCGGCGGCAAGGCUCAUUUUCCUGUCCGUCCACACCUACCACGCCCCCCCCCUCUGUCAGUCCCUACGUUGGCUUCCAGUUAGAUAUAGGGCUCAAUUUAAGAUUCUGGUGUUUGCUUACAAGUCCCUACAUAAUGCUGCUCCUAACUACCUAUCCUCCCUAAUACACAAAUAUGUCCCGUCGAGGCCCCUGCGCUCCGCCGAAGACCUAUGCCUAUCCUCUGUCCGUACUCCAACAUCUGAUGCUCGCCUCUUCUUCUCCAGGGCUGCACCUUUUCUGUGGAACUCCCUUCCCUUCUCCGUUAGACUUUCACCCAAUCUCCACUCCUUCAAAAAAUCAGAAUGGCCCUUAUCCACUCUGUUCCUUUGCGUCCAUUUGUCUGGUUACAAUUACUCGUCUGUUAGUCCACCCAUUGUAGAGUGCUACGGAAUUAGCGCUAUAUAAAUAAUAAAAUAAUAUACCAAUCUUAUAAAAGCAAGUAUUUGCUGUGCAUCACAGUAAAUAUAAACUUAUACAAAAGAAUUUAAUAGGAACAAUACUGUAAUACUUACAAGACUCGCCAUCCAGUGUGCAAAGUGACAUACCUACAGGAACCAGUGCCACUCAAGCUUCAUGUUAUGGCUAUGUGGGGCCACUGUAUCCAGCAGGUACGCCCAAUGAGCUUACAUCUGUAAGUAAAUCUAUUCCCUAUUCCCCCCUCUAGUCAGAGGAGAUACCCUUUCUAGGACCUGAUAUCUUUCUGUGAUACAUUUUGUCGCAUUUCUCUAAAGCGUCUAACUACAGGUGUGUCUGGGACUACAUGUGGAUGUUUUGUGCUGGGACACACAGUCUUUCUGAGCAUGUAUGGUUUUGCCCACAGAGUCUAAGCCACAUGGGCAUUUCAGUAGGUAGACCAUAAAUUCUGUUUGGCAAGUAAAGAAUCCUUAAAAUGUUAUCUAGCCUGUCCUGGUGUGUGUGCAAUAUUCCCUUUUAAUGAUCCCACUGCAGCAGUUACAGGAGAGGCAUGGAUAGGUGCCAUAGACCAGUUUAGAUAAAUAAAGCGGUUUACUAGGUGUGUAAUUGUCUGCCUUGACAACCAUAUUACGUAUUGUACGUCCCUUUUUGUGUGCAGAAAGUGGAGGUUCUUUGAGUAAGUGGCCAAUCUGCUUGUCCAAUUGUAAAAUAUACAAAUUUUUUACCGACAUGUCCUAAAUUUGAGAGGAACAGGGAGAGUAAAUACUUACGUACGGAAUUCUAUUGGAUUUGGUUCUAUGUGUAGGGGAGAAUAAGUCUUCUCUUCUCAUGGCUUUCACUUUUUGUUUGGAGACCUGAAAAAGGUGUGAACUGUAGCAUUUUUUUUUAAGUGAAUUUGUUUUACAUCUUUGUAAGACGUGUAUCCACCAGUGUCUCAUUGCUAACAAUUCUGCACAUCUUGAGUAGUUCACUGUAUGGAAUAGAACAAAGCUGUUUAGAAGGAUGAAAGCUGUAAGCAUGGAACAAACUGUUAGAGUCCAUGGGUUUUGUGAAUAAAUCAGUAGUCAACCAGUCAGUAGAUUUUCCCACUAGGUCAUCCAAAAAACUGACAGUCUGCAUGCUGAUAUCCGUAGUAAACCUAAUCUAUUGAUAAAGGGAUUUCCCUGAAUAUUGUACAUAGUGGCUGAUUUCAAUCUAUGAGCUGAGAGUUUCAGCAACUGCUUGUGUACAGAUUGGCUGCACGAAAAAAUGUUUGCGAGUGGGCGGCCUUUUGGGGCACAUACACUGGCCCGUUGGGUUGGGGGGCUGAUCAGUUGCUUGAGGUACUGAAUCGGUGGUGCAGAGGGUACAUGGGAAUAUGUUGCACAGUACAAACAAUGUAAUGUGAUUUGUUAAUCUCCAUGCAAGAAACCUGUUUACUUCUGUUUCGACCAAUAUUUUCUUUAUACCUUCCCUGGACACAGCUAUCAAAUGUAACUUGCUCAAGUUACUGAUAAAAACUAUGCGUGGACAUGUGAGUUUCCUGUUGCUCUGUUUUUUUUUUAUUUACAUGUGAAUGGUCCUUGAGGACCUGAGAAGUACAUCUGAGUUGGGGACCUGCAUGUCUUAUUGUGAUAAAUUUUCACAACAAUAUGAAAAAUAAAAAAAAAAUGAUAUUUACAAAAAAAAAAAAAACUAUUUUAUAGCAAGGGCAAAUGAAUAAUAAUAAAAAAAUAAAAUAUAUAUAUGUAUGUGUGCGUAUAUAUGUAUAUGUGUGUGUAUGUAUGUAUGUGUGUGUAUAUAUAUAUAUAUAUGUGUGUGUGUGUGUGUGUGUGUGUGUGUGUGUGUAUAUAUAUAUAUAUAUAUAUAUAUAUAUAUAUAUAUAUAUAUUAUGUGAUCCCAAGUAAAUAUUGUGGAAAAACACAUUUAUAACGCGGAGUGUGGGUGUUACAGGAGCUUCUUACUUUUAAGGCUGAUGUAGUCAGUCUGCCACUAUGUUAGCCAUUUUUAGCUACACUGUACUAAAUGAAAACGUUCUGUUGGACUGAUUUAAGGUUUCACAUGCAGUCAGUGAGCUUUGGUUAAUUUUACUUUACUCUAGAAAUUUUAAUUUAUUUUUUAAUCCUUUAAAAAAAUAAAAAUAAAAAAUAUGUUUUGUUUUCUUCGAAAGAGCAAUUUUCAACAGUUUUUGGUUCCCCUCUAAAUGUCUACUCAUUUUUCUGUUCACAGAUUCUUUGGGGAGCUUGUGCAUUGGUCCUCACGGGAAAUGCUGUCAUCUUUUCCACUAUAUUAGGAUUCUUUUUGGUCUUCGGAAGCAAUGAUGACUUCAGUUGGCAGCAGUGGUGAGGAGCAAUCCCCAUUUGGCUUUAGGUUGGCAGUCCGUAUGGCCUCCAGUGACCAUCUAUUCAGCCAUCGAAACUGACAGAAAGCAGGAAUAACUCUAGCUUCACCCUGGAACUAGCAUGUGGAUUGUCACAUUUUUUAGCCGUGCUUUCGCCAUGGACUUGCUAAAUUGCUUACCAGGAAAAGCGCUUUAACCAAGAAAAAAUCCUUCUUCCUUGAUAUCUUUUUCUAGCUAUUCGUUUGUUAUUUUAUAUAUUCUCAUAUGUAUUGUCUUAGUGAUAGGUUCUUGAACCAUCUUUUUCUUCCCCCCUCAUAUCCUUCCGCAUUAGCCAUCCUUAAUGAAAGUGGACUUGAUAUUAAUGCAGUUCAUUUGUAGCAUGAGGUUACUGCCUCAAUUCUGUAACUGGUGGACACUGGGGAAAAUUCCAGAGAAAUAGAAACCUUUUAAUAUUAUACAUGCUUAGAUGCUUCAACAUUUUAGUUAAUUAGCCAUGAAAAUGAAUGUUUAUUUAUGGUUUAUUUGUCUGGUCUGCACUUUUGUUUUUAUAUGAGAGAUGACUUGCAUGUACUGUGUAAAUAUAUACCUAUUUUUUUUGUCUGCUGAAAAAAAUACCAGAUUAUUCAGUUAAGUGAUUAAAGCAGCACUGUCUUUAAAAUGUUUGUCCCAUAAGUUCAAAACCAUAUAAACUAUAGAAUGAUUGCAUUUCUGGCUUACCAGACUAUAGUAAACGUACCUAUAUUUAUCACUUGAGAGUAAUUUUUUUUUUUUUUUUGGUUGAGUUGGUCAUCAUGGCAUUUCAUGCUGUUUUUCAAUUCCUCAGUGCUAGGUACCAACUUAAUUUAAAAAAAAUAAAAAUAAAUAAUCUUCAGUGUAUGUGUUGUCAGCAGCCAGUUGUCUGUCUGCUGAGUGGCAUUACUGGACAGUAGAGCAGGUUGAUAUUCUUUUAAUUGAUGCUUUGUUCCUAUUAUCCCCAGGGUUGGUUAGAAAUACUUUGUUCGACUGACAAACCUAUUUAAGCAUAAACCGUAUAACUGCAAGGCGAUCAUUUUUGAUGAUGGUGCAUUUUUUACGUUACACGUUUGACAUCAAAUAAACCUUCCCACCAAAUGGACAGCUUUAAAUUACUGACAUGCUAAAAGAGUAAAUAAGGGUAUACAGAGAAAAAACUGACAAGACAAUGGAAGCACCAAAACAGGUUAAGCUUAAAUGUGAUUAUGCAAUGCAAAAUAAAAAAAACUUCCUAGUAUAACAGCAUUUCAACAUUUACUACUGAUUAACCGUAAUGAAACCAUGAUGUCAUUGGUUCAGUUUUGUGCAUAAGCAUCUUGCAGAUGAAGAUGCUCCAGAAUGGGUUGGUUUGGCUUUUUUUUUUUUUCAACGUAAGUAUACAUAGAUAUUUCAGCCAUUGACUUUCAUUUUCUCCCAUUCUUGUUUAUGGGGAUCUAACAGGCAAAUAUUAGUGCAUAGCUCUAUGCAUGCUACAGAAUGUAGGUAACAUUAGAGAGGCAGAGGGAAAACUAAAGAUAGGAGGAAAAAUCUCCUGCUUUUACUCCUUUACUACAAUGCAUAUUUUUUGUUUGGGGUGCCACUUUAGUGUCAGAACACCGACUAUGCCAUCCUGAAUUCAUAUAUCAUAUAAGAUAAACACUAAUAUUAUACUCACAGUACAGGAUAUUUUCUAUGUUGCUGAAAUAUACAGAUACACUCUGUCUCAAAGUAAACCUUUGGUCACGGCAGUCAUUUUAAAGUGAAUAUUAUGAAAAAAAUAAUAAUUUGUUGUAAUCUGUAUUUCUGUUCUGGGGAAUAUAAACUGCUCUGUAAGGUUUUGGAGAGAAAGUGUAGCAUAUUGAAUAAAAGAAGUCACAUACUUUGAGUACUGGUGAAACCUAGUGGAAUAUAAGAUAAACAAGGACACUAUAAGUUUUAAGUUGUGAUAUUGUUUUAGGGGUCUUGAGUUGUGUGUUAGGCAUCCUAAACCGCUGCAGAUAUGUUCUUGUUUUUUGUAAACCUUGUUUCCUGUCUAUUUAGUAACUUGUCUGUUAUUCCGAUCGUUGUGACUAGACAAUUUUUGCAAAAAUACCAGAACCACAAUGAGAUUUUAGUGGGGAAUUAAAAACAGAGACCAGGGAUUAAAGGAAAUUUAUUUAUGUUUAUGUCCCACUUUAUUUCUUCUGAUGUAAAUUUCAAGGUGAAAAAGGGGUGCAUAGGUACGCUGACAUCAGUCUGUUCUAUUCAAAACUGAAUAUAUAUCCACCUUGCCAUCUUUAAAACUUGUUUUGCACUGCCUAAAAGAAUACUCCAGAUGCCUUUUUUUUAAAAUUAUUAAUCUUGUUAAAUGUGUUUUGUUUUAUGUAUCCUUAAAGGAUCACUAUAGGGUCAGGAACACAAACAUGUUUUCCUGACCCUAUAGUGUUAACACCACCAUCUGGCCCCCUUGGGCCCCUCAUGCCUCCAUAAAUAUAGUAAAAAUCUUACUGUAUUCAAUCCUGAAGCUGUAAAUCUGCAUGCUGUUAGACUCAGAAAAACAAGCAGUCUGCUGACAUGUGGUAGCCUGAUCCAAUCACAGUGCUUCCCCAUAGGAUAGGCUGAGACUGACAAAGAGGCAGAUCAGGGGCAGAGCCAGUAUGAUUCAAACACAGCCCUGGCCAAUCAGCAUCUCCUCAUAGAGAUUAAUUGAAUCAAUGAAUCUCUAUGAGGAAAGUUCAGUGUCGGCGAGGAUAUACUGAAUCACAGGAUGCUGUGCACAGUGCUGCCCUGUGCUCUGCUGACAGCAGAUCUGAGUGGAUAGAGGCAUAUUAUGUAUUUUCUCAGAAAAUACAGUGUUUACAUGUGAAAGGCUGCAGGGAGCUAUAGUUCUCACCUGAACAACCUCAUUAAGCUGAAGUUGUUCAGGUGAGUAUAGUGUACCUUUAAGCCCACCCUUUCUACCCUCCACCCCAACCGUGCGUUUCACCAAAAGUAUACCUGAUCAUAUGAAUUAUGUUUCUGAGAGUUGUAUUUCAACUGUUACCUUUCUACAGUGAAUGCUUACAAUUGAAUUAUUCAUAGAAUCCUAAACAGUGUCCAUAAAACUCUAAAUGGAUGAACCCAACAGUGCUAUAAAAAGUUGAGCUUCCAUGGCUGAAUCAUUGGCUGGUUUGAUGAGAGCUCAUUGCAGAAUAUUUGUAAUUUUUAUUUGCAAAUUUCAGGCAUUUAAAGAGAAAAAACAAAUCAACUACAGUCUGGAGUGUCCCUUUAACCCCUUAAGGACACGUGACCUGUCAUGAUUCCCUUUUAUUCCAGAAGUUUGGUCCUUAAGGGGUUAAGCACCAAAGCACACUGCUUGACUAUGUGUUUUCCCUGAUAUCUUGUUGUUUUGUUCUAAUUACACAUUGUCUUUAAUUUGUAUUCACUUGCUGAGACAUUAAAGACACUGCUCUGCCCAUUGUGCUGACUUUUCCUCUCAGACAUAGCUUCUGUUAUUGUGAUGUAUACCUUAUAAUAGUAUUAUGUUACCUGCUUCAAUUGUAAUAGCAGCUAGCUUGCAUUUUCAAAUAGGUUUUGAUUUCAAAAUAUUUUGAUUCGCCUAAAGGUGAACACAUCAAUUUUUGUGUAUUUAUUUACUUUUUUUAAUUGUUAAAUAAAUAAAACUACGUGUACUAAUUUUCCCCCUAAUAUUUCUGUAUCUCUGUAUAAGUUUGCAUAGUUUAGUAAAGCAAUUUUUUUCAAUUUAGGUUUUACACUUUUUCUGUGCUUAGAAAAUUGUUUAAAUCAUGUUUACUCUUUGUAGAUGAUUCUUUUCAUGUAAACUAUACAUUGAUAACCAACAUUUUAUAAUAGAUUCUGUUUUAUUCCUUGUGCUGUGAAUUAUGGUGAGUAGUAAACUGAUUGCACAUUUACAGGAAUGUUUACUUAAGUGAAAAUUCAAAGUGAAUUUAAUUCAAGGUCUAAAUAGGUGAACUGGAAACAAUGUCUAACUCAGCUAUGCUUUGUUUGGCUACUCUGGCCUUAAAUUUGAAAUUAACUUUGAAUUCUCACUUUACUAAAAAACCCUGUUAAAAAGUAAGGAGAAUCUUUCCAACUCGGAUGUUUUCUCAUCAAAAAUUCACAGUUUUGUUGUUUUCCACAACUAUUUCCUUUUUAAAGUAUCAUUGAGGUGAAGAUGUUACGUUGUGUGUAUUUUUUUUUUUUUUUUUUCAUCUAGACAGAUCUUUGUUAGAAAUAGACUGGGCUUGCAAAGCUUAAUGUGAGUUGUAGUUUUGCAUAGGUGGUUACAUAAAGAAGAUAACAUCAGAAACUAGUGUGGAUUCACAUAUUGACUAAUGUCAGAUCAAAGUGAAUGUGGUAUGUAUGUUUAUAGAGAUGUUUGUGGUUCUACAUUGUGGACAAUAACAAAUCCAAGUGGAGAGUGCUUUGCUUGUGUGUUCACACAAGUGUCAGACGUGUGAUGUUCAUGAGAAUUGAUGCUAACAUUUAAAAUGCUAAUAUAUAUAUAUAUAUAUAUAUAUAUAUAUAUAUAUAUAUAUAUAUAUAUAUAAAACUGGAGUUGAGGUGAUCACAAUCUGUAGAAUUGUAUUCCACAUUGUGCUAAAAAAUAUAUACAAUUAAUGUUGAUAGUGCCUACUGAAAAACACUGCACUGUAAUUACCUACCAUCUGAAAUCGAGAAAAAGAAUUGUCCUAGUGCAAUACUAGCCUUGAUGAAAACAAAGUGCCCCUUUAAAAGGCACUAUGAUUGUAUUGGUUUCAGUUGAAGCAUAUAUAGCUCUGAUUCUUAAACUGGGUUAUUUUAUAUUUAUUUCAGUACUGUGAACAUUUUAUCUAUAUUACACUAACAACAACCCCCUCCCCAAAGUAUUUACUCACUAAACAAUUUAAAAGAAUAAUCCUAAAUUGAAGCUUAAAGAAAAAAGUUACUUAAAAAAAAUACCUUUUUUUUUUUUUAAUUUAUUUUUUUUACCAGCUUUGUUCUUUUGACUUAGUUUGGGCUUGUUGUUGCUAUUAUUAGCAUUUUAGCUAACACCAACAUAUUCAGGGGAACUUAAUAAUUAUAGAAAGGGGAUAUUUAGUGGUGAAGAAAGUCUUGCUCAUGCGAGUUUACAAUCUAUGAAAUUAUUAAUCAGAUUACAAUAUACUUGAGUCUUGUGGACAUACCAUGGUAAAACCAUGAAUUUACUGGUUAUGAGAUUUGCCAUGUUGUCCUAAAUCUGUUUUUAGUCUACUUUUUUUUUUUUUUUUAAUUUGGAAAGAUGCUGCUUUUUUGAAUGUCAUACAUUCAAGCACAUGUCUCAAGUUUCACAAAUGUUAAUGCAUUUGUUUACACUCUCUGUUUCUAAUACCAUAUUCUGGGAUGAUUUUGGCUUUUGUCAUUGUAGAACUAACAUUCACCCAAUUUUAUUUUAAAAUAUCGCUACAAUCUUCCUAUAUAUUGAUCCAUGUCUUUGGCUUUUUGUCUUGUGUAUUGUUCCUAUGCUUGAUAAUGGUGGAGCGUAAGGCAAACACCACUUCCUUUAUCAAGUAUAAUUUCCCACAAUAUCGCCUCACCAUUUGUUCUUGCAAUGCUUUUCACUACAUGACCCUUGAAGAAAGAUGUUCUGUAUGCAUGCACCAAAAUUUAGUAUGAGCAAACAAGGGCAGAGACAAUCAAUCACUGCCAGGAUCCUGAAAAUGGCUUUGCAUGGGUAUAAGACCCAGUGCCCAAAUCAAGGAUAAAAAAGGGGUAAAAUGGGGGCCUAUAUUUAAAAACAAAACACUUUGGGGAGGGGAGACAUAGAUAACAAACAAAAGUGGCCCAGCUGGUUACAGAGCCACUUUAAUGUAGUAAAUCACUUAGCAUUAUAUUGUUAGUUAAAUGUGUAUAUAUUAAGUGACAUUGAGAUUUUAUUAUACAUUCUUAUUUGGUUUAGUACAGAUCUAGAACUUGUUAAUUUCCAGAUUUGUAUUAAAAUGUAGGAAUUUAAACAAAUCUGUAAUAUUUAUAAAGGCUUCUGAGUAUGUUUAUGUGCAUUUGCUAAAUGUCAUUAGUGAAAAAUAAACUGAAGUGACUCAAUGUCGCCUUUAAAAGUAGCAAUGUAUACUACUGGGCUAUGCAAAAUGGACACACAAAGAACCAUAAACAAUUAUUCUCUGUAGCUUAUGCUUUAAGCAACAAAUAUGACCCCAUCUCUUUAUGUCCUACAGCUGUAGCAAAUUUCAAAAAACUAAAAAAAAGAUGGGCCAAUCAUAUUGGAGUUACCAUUUAAAUUACAUGCUGCCUUGCUGGAUGCAUCUGUGUUGGGGCUUAGCAACCUUAAGUUAUAGAAAAUCAUCAGUUUGCAGAGCCUUGUAUCCAAAGAAUUAUUGCAUCUGUGAAAAAGGGUUAAGCAGCAAGUCAUACUCAGGUUUAUGCUGAACUGAUUUCAUGCAGUUUGAAGUUUAAUUCAUUUUGCGUAAUCUCAUCAUGUAAGACACAAAGCUGUAGAUCUGGAGAUUAAAAAUGCCAGGAUAAACAUUUUUUUUUUUCUUUUUUUAUUCCUCCCGUUUGCCAUUAUGUUUGCUGCCUGAAACAUGAUCUCAAAAAUAAAAAAAAUAAAUAAAAAAUUGCCAUUGUAAUGAAAAUAUGAUUAAAGUUGUUGCUGUGGGCCUUUGUUGCAAAUGUAUGCUUCCUUGGUGACUGGAAAAUACUUUGUUUUUGUUUUUUUUUAAAACAUUUUUGUUAAAGGGGCAUUCCAAGUAAUGGUGGACUGCAAUUCACAUCAUCCUCGGUUGUAUGUCUAGUUUUAGUGUCAAAUUUUUCCAACACUGGCCUGUUGUCUUAUUUAACCAGAAUUGGUUCUGGCAAAUUUGUAGUAUUUAAGUAACAAUGUAUUAAGAGAAAUGUAUCCUUUUGUAUUUUGUUUUAAUUCCUCUUUAUAUGUCAACAACAUUUCCCUUUCUUUAACUAAUACUGUUAGGAUAUCCAAAUUGUAAUUUUUGUUCUUUCAGUGUUUCCACUUGGCUUAUUGCUAUGUAUACAAUUUCUGUUUUUCAUUUGCAACAAAUUCUGCCAUAGCGCCCUUGUGGAUUUCUUGUAAAAGGCUAUACAGAGGUAAAACUGUUGCAGUUUUGGGGCAAAGUGCUAAAUCACCAUGGAAACCAGCAAAAUGUUUCUGAACACUUAGCAGUUUGCUUAGGAAUUGCGCCAUUUGUACCUUGGUUAAUAUGGCCCAAAAUUGUCUUGUAAGAUGCACUGAAAUACUGUUGUUCUCUUCAACAUAAACUUUUGAAAUAAAGAUUUUAUGUAUGAUGUCU